UGGGGCGCAGCGCGCCGGCCUUGGCCGCUAGUGCGCAUGCGUGGGCGUCCUCUGCUCCAACUUCCCACGCGAAUUUCCACGCGCUGGGAAGUCCGUUACCUGAGAGAGACCCAUGGCCAGCAUGUCGGAGGAAAAAGCUUCCCGGAAGGGAGACGAGGAGGAAGGAGAGGAGCAGCUCGCGAUCAUCCCCGGUAGCGAGUUCGCGGCAAGGCAGGCGGCGGAGGAGGGAGCGCCCACGAAGAUGGAAGUGGCGGUGAGGGCGGCGGGCUGCUCCGACGACCUCAGCUCCUGGGAAGCCGACAUUGACCCAGUGCUCUUGGAGCUCGCCGCUGACGAGGAGAAGUGCCGCAGCAUCCGCAGGCAGUACCGGCAGCUCAUGUCCUGCGUGCGGCAUCACCGGGAGGACAUCGUGAACUCGGCGAGCGACUCCUUAACCGAGGCUCUGGAGGAAGCCAACGUGCUGUUCGAUGGCGUGAGCCGAACCAGAGAAGCGGCGCUCGAUGCCCAGUUUCUUGUGAUGGCUUCUGAUUUGGGUAAAGAAAAGGCGAAGCAGCUAAACUCGGACAUGAACUUCUUCAAUCAGGUAGCGUUUUGUGACUUCCUGUUUGUGUUCGUGGGUCUGAACUGGAUGGAAGGUGAGCCUGACGACUUGAGUGGCUGUGACGACAGGGUCACCCUUUCCUUCUGGGAGGCCGUAGGAAAGGAAGCAACAUCCUGGAUGGUACAAGCAGAAACGUUCCAUUUUGUUUUCGGUUCUUUCAAGCCGCAGCCUUCUGCACCAAAGCCCCGACUGGAACACCAGAGAAGAGUUCGCAGAAUGGAAGAAAAUGGGAAUAUGCCCACGAAGUUGAGGAAGUUAGACCUGAGUAGUUACCCAGAAGCGACCGAAGAAAACGUAGAAAGGAUUUUGGGAUUGUUGCAAACCUACUUUCGAAAGUAUCCUGAUACUCCGGUGUCCUAUUUUGAGUUUGUGAUUGAUCCAAACUCUUUUUCUCGUACUGUGGAGAAUAUAUUUUACGUUUCUUUUAUUAUAAGAGAUGGUUUUGCAAGAAUAAGGCUGGAUGAAGACAGGCUGCCAAUAUUAGAACCGAUUAAUACUAACCAAAUGGGUGAGGAAAAUGAUUCCAAUUGCCAUGGCAGGAAACAGGGAGUUAUAUCUUUGACUUUACAGGAUUGGAAGAAUAUUGUGGCAGCUUUUGAAAUUUCUGAGGCUAUGAUAAACUCCUCAAGCUAAAGAUUUCUUAGUAUAGGAUCCUUUCUAUGUUUUUUUUCCUGAAGUUGUUUCAGAGAGUUAAAUCUAAACUGAAGCACAUAUUGUAUCUCUUGUAAGCUGAAAAAAUAUUUUCGGAAACAUUGUUCUACUGUGCAGCGUAUUUUUCUUAGUAAUUUGUAAGACCAUGAUGUUCUGUUAUUUAAAAAAAAAUUCACUGGCAUAUGAAUGAGAAUGUUUUAUUGAAUGCGCUUUAAGACUAUUUUAAUAAAAAGUUUUGGAUACCAAA